AUGGCUAGCUUUGCAGACGACUUGCUCGCCGACUUUGGCUCGGAUGACGAGCAGGAGAUUGGUGCUCAGGAGCACGACGAGGCGCAUCUGGCUACGAAUGGAGACAGCAUUGAAAGCCGCAAGCGACUCCAUCCGGAUAAUGGUGAUGGACCAGAUACGAAGAGAGCUCACAUAGACGAUGCAGACCUGGACGAUCUCGAAGAUGGAAGCGACGACGACAAAGACGAAGAUGACUUGAUGGCGGACGCGACUGCAGCAGGUUCAUCAUCGUCGACGACGGCAGAACGAGCCAAUGCGAAUGGCGUACCACUCGGUCGAAACGCUGUGCAACCCGCAGCCGAGAGAGACCAAGCAGAAGUCGACGAGCUCGAUCUGACCAACACCACCAGCGUCCGCAGCGUCGCAUCACUCCUCAGCAGCGGCAGCGCAGUCCACGAGGUUCUGAAACAGAUCGACCACUACAUGGCACUUCCUGAACCCGAUCUCGCAGGCGUCCUCGAAGACUCGCCCGAAUACCACCUCAUUGUCAAAGCGAACAACAUUGCCGUUGACGUUGACAACGAAGUGAUGGUGGUGCACAAGUUUAUCCGCGACCACUACUCACCGCGUUUCCCGGAGCUCGAAACACUGAUUCCCAAUCCAUUGGAUUUUAUUCAAGCAGUCAAAGCGAUAGGCAACGAUGACACGAUUCCUACCUCUUCGCUCGAGGGGAUCUUGCCACAUGGCACGGUGGUGGUGAUCAGUAUGACUGCCUCCACAACCACGGGUCACCCGUUGGCGCCUUCGGAAUGGCACGCUGUACAGGAGGCGCUCGAAAUGGUGUUUGAGCUGGAAUCGGUACGCACGCGCAUCCUCGCCUAUGUCGAGUCCAGGAUGUCAUUCGUGGCGCCCAACUUGUCAGCGGUCGUCGGCACACGUACCGCGACCAAGCUGCUCGGUGUCGCCGGAGGGUUGGAAGGCCUCUCCAAGAUCCCAGCCUGCAACGUGCACCUUCUCGGCGCGGCCAAGAAGCACUCGAUUGGCCUCUCUUCCGCCCACGGCGGCUCGGCUGGAUCCUCGGGCUUCAUCAUGCAAAGCGACCUCAUCGCCAAUACCCCUGACGACUACAAGCGACAAGCCGUCCGCAUGGUCUCGGCCAAAGCGCUGCUCGCUGCUCGCAUGGAUGCAGGCAAGUCUACCAGUCGCGACGGCUCGUACGGCUCGAAACUGCACGACGAACUGUCCAAGAAGAUCGAAAAGCUGCUCGAGCCGCCACCGCAGAAGCUCGACAAGGUGCUGCCUAUCCCCAAGGAGGGAGGCGGCAAGAAGCGCCGCGGCGGCCGCAAGGCGCGCAAAGCCAAGGAGCGCAACGGCAUGACCGAGCUGCGAAAGAUGCAGAACAGGCUCGAGUUCGGCAAGCAGGAAGAGGAAGCGUUCGGCUACGACGAGUCGGUCGGGCUCGGAAUGAUCCACAGCUCAUCGUCAGGCAAGAUGCGCGCGCAGACGGCGGAGGACAGAUCGAAGGGCAAAAUCAGUAAGGCGAACAAGAACAGGUUGGCGGCGUUGAGGGGAGCGAGUGGGGUCGGAGGCACGAGUUCGGUGCUGGGUCGCGGGUCGGGAGGGUUGGACGGCACGGCGUCGUCGUUGUCGUUUACGCCUGUACAGGGGAUCGAGCUGGUCGAUCCGAGUAAGGGCAAGGACGCAAGAGGCGGGGAAGAGGAGCAUGCCAAGUGGUUCAAGCAGGGUCAGUUUUCGCUGCUGCCCGGUGCGAAGGCGAACUUGCCCGGGUCCAUGGGUCCUCCCCCGAACCCUUCUUCGACGGGGAACAAGUGA